CCUCUGCGUGGGCGCGAGCACGCCGCCGUCUCGUCAUUGUGAGCGCGGCCUUUCUGGCUGGCCUGGGGGGCGGGGUUGAAGGGAAAGUGCUAAGGCCGCUGAGUGAAGUGAAAAUUCUACUAGAGGAAAUGGCAGCCUCUUCAUCCUCCUCUUCAGCUGGUGGGGUCAGUGGAAGUUCUGUUACUGCAUCAGGUUUCAGUGUCUCAGACCUUGCCCCACCACGGAAAACCCUUUUCACCUACCCCAAAGGAGCUGGAGAGGUGUUAGAAGAUGGCUCUGAGAGAUUCCUUUGUGAAUCUGUUUUCAGUUAUCAAGUGGCAUCCACGCUCAAACAGGUGAAACAUGAUCAGCAAGUUGCUCGGAUGGAAAAACUGGCUGGUUUAGUAGAAGAGCUGGAGGCUGAUGAGUGGCGGUUCAAACCCAUCGAGCAGCUGCUGGGGUUCACACCCUCUUCAGGUUGAUGUUGCGGUGAUGUGCUGGAGGAACACAGCCAGAGCAGAGCCACAGAGACAACUUAUGCAGCCGCUCAGAUUCACAGCUGUAUCACCAAACUGCUAAUUCCCAUCCAUACUUGGUUUCCCUGUAUCUAUCCAUGGCCAACAAAUACUUAAAUAUGUGAUCUUGCAGGGAAAACGUUUAUUUGUUUAAAAAAGUAUUGGGAAUCAGAUUAAGACAAUCAGUUUCAGAGAACCAGAAGGUUUAGGUUUAAAAGAUAUUUAUAAAAUUUUCACAAGCCAAGUAGGAUAUGUGCCAGAAUUAGCCAACUACAUGGCAUGCGUUCUGUCUGUCAUAUAGUGCCUGGAAAUUUUCACCAGUGAAGUUCAAGGUGAGGAUCUAUAGUUAGACCUUUCUGACCUAAACAUUUCUUUUCACAGAUGAAUGUGAUUUCAACUCAGGACCUAUCCAUAUAAGGAAUUUUUAAUUUUUUUUUUUCUUUUUCCUAUUUUAGACAUCUGAGUAGAUAGAUCCUACUUCUUUCUAACCCUUUCUAGACAUACUGGCAAAAAAAAAAAAAAAAAAAAUUGUGUUUUUUGAAUAUUGCAACACUUGUAAAAAAUAAAACAGUGAGCAAAAUCCUUUUAGACACAGAAAUCCUCCAUUCAGCUCAUUGGUAGAUUCAAGCAAUUCUGUAGCAAAUCCUUUGAAAGAGCUCCAGAUUGGUGUUUUAUCCUUUCAAAGUCUAAGGGAUUUGGGAUAGGGAAAAGAGGUCAAAUUACUUUUUACAAGAAUCUAAAAACCAUUUCUCCUAAGCAAAUGGUAGAUUUGCUUUGCUUCAGAGAUAUUUGUCUUUGCAGAAGGGUCUGAAUUUAUCUUAUCAGUAUCUGAGUAGGUUUUUGUACCAUGAUAGAGGAAAACCUGGAAGGCUAAGAAGUGGAGUUUUGUUUUGUUUUGUUUUUUUGUUCUCCCAUGAAGAAUGAUUGGGAAUGUUUUUUGGGUUUUUUAGGAUCCCAGUGUCUACACUGCACAAUUAAGGGAAUCAUUUAUUAUUACAAUGUAUACAUAUUUUGCCUUAGCAUUUGCUUUUCUCCUCAUUAACAACUUAGACCUGAUCUUCUUAGAGUUGCUUAAUUAUAAAUAAAUAUAAUCCCAAGAGCAAUUAACCUUAAUCUCAGGAGUUCAAAAGUUUGUUUAAUACAUGCUACCUGAUGGGGAGGUGGUGACUUCAUUCAGUUGGUAAAGUCUAAGCCCAGUGAAGAUGAAGACCUACUCAUGGUCACAUAACUCAGGCAGAAGAAAUACAGGAACCUGGGAUAAAUCAGAGUUGCUUGAUAGUUCAGCUCACUAAUCUUGACUCUAAAGCAAAUCAGAGAACCACAAGGAGCAGUCCACAAGCUCUCCUUUUUACCUUACUCAACCAAAACAAGACACAUGUAUAAAACCAGUUGUUUCCCUGCAGUACUCUUAGCACCAGUCAUCUUGCUGAUAACUAGGGACAAACUAAAAACUAACUUGCACUGUAAUAAACCUUUAAAUCACAA